CAAUAUGAGGAUAGAAUGGCAGUCAAAAAUGGUAAUAUGGCAGGCAUUUCUCUACAUGUUUUGCUGGUUCGAUGUUCAGCAGGGAAUCGAUAGUCUACUGUUCCAACAUCCUUUUACCACUAUUAUCUACUCACGUCGGAGGUAUUCUCGCUACUCUCUCAACUGGAUAACCUUUUUACCACAAUGACUGUCAGGAAAAGAGCUGGAAUACCCGUCACUGGUAAAAAAUUGAACACGAAUAAUUAAGCAAUAAUUAAUACUGUGGCUGGUGUCCAGGAACAAAAGAGAAAAGAAACGCAUCUGAUAAGAUUCACGUGAUGCGGGGAAGCCUUAUCUUAGAUAAGCAUCCUCACGCGGCUUCAUCAUCAUCAUCCUGCAUCUCCGGAAUACUCGACCAGCCUCCUUCAUCGUCAGGAUUGCCCAAGUGUUUCAUCAAUUUCCUCCUUUCUUCUGCCGUAUUUUAUCUGGCAGCCAGCCAUGCUGCGGCUGCCUCUACGAAUUCGCUGUCCUCCCUGCGCCCGGGAGACACAGCGGGUGAACCUAGCCCGCUGUCUGGCCCCCGUAUCUUACCCCAUAUUGGGCCCGGUCCAACGAGCAUUCUCCAGCCCGUCCACAUCUUUCCCAACAUUUUCGCAAUUCAAUCGGUCAGACUUUACUAACCAACCAUAUACUGGGAGCUAUGAGCCUGGACUCCCGACUUCUGGUCCUCUUGGCUCCGUUCCGGCUUUCGGAGUCCCGCGGAUUACACCUAAGGUGUUGAAGCAGUACUUGGACCAGUAUGUCGUGGGUCAAGACCGUGCGAAAAAAAUCCUCAGCGUCGCAGUGUAUAAUCACUAUCAAAGGGUUCAGGAGUUGCAGCGGCGUGAGGAGGAGACUUCAGAGAUCCUGGCAAGGCGCAUGCGUAGGAAAGCGGCGGAGGGCCGAUCGCUGGACGAUGAGCCGUCAAGUCAAUCGCAGAUGCUUGAUCUAAAUUCACCGACUUCUUCUCUCGAGCCACCUGACAUCGUGGAUCCGUCGCCGACACAACUGGAAAAAUCAAACAUCCUCUUGCUUGGCCCAUCAGGCGUUGGGAAGACACUUAUGGCAAAGACGCUUGCUAGAGUGCUAUCUGUCCCGUUCAGUAUCUCGGAUUGCACACCUUUCACCCAAUCUGGCUACAUCGGAGAGGACGCGGAGGCGUGCGUACAGCGGUUGCUUAUAGCAGCAGACUACGACGUUGAACAGGCUGAACGUGGCAUAAUUGUUUUGGACGAGGUAGACAAGCUGGCUGCAGUCAAGGUUAGUCAUGGUAAGGAUGUCGGAGGUGAGGGUGUGCAGCAGGCUCUUUUGAAAAUCAUCGAGGGUACAACUAUCCAGGUGCAGGCGAAACCAGAGCGAGGCGCUCCUCGUGCUGGGAAUACACCAAAUAAUGCAUAUUCAUCGAACAACACUUUUGGAAAUCACCCUUAUUCGCCCUCCAGUGGCGGUUCCCCGCCAACGAAGGGCGAGGUAUACAACGUACGGACGGAUAACAUUCUUUUUAUACUCUCAGGCGCGUUCGUCGGCCUUAACAAGUUAGUUAUGGACCGAAUAUCUCGCGGUUCAAUCGGGUUUGGCCAACCUGUUCGGGCAGCUUCCAGGUUAGGUAAUACUUCUGGAACAUCGAGCUCUGCACAGCAGCAGCUGGUUCCUAUCCUUCCAGGCUCGGAGGAAGAAAAGUUGUACAAGAAACAUCUCCCUUUUUUCAACUCAGCAUCUCCAGAAUCAUCUAACGAUGAGCCGGUUUAUUUCAACGCUCUGGACCUUCUGACCCCAACGGACCUACAAAGCUAUGGCUUUAUUCCGGAAUUUAUUGGCCGAAUCCCCGUGACGGCCGCUCUCUCGACCCUCACACGGCCGUUGCUUCUUCGCAUUCUCACAGAACCUCGAAAUUCGCUGCUGACACAGUAUAUGACUCUUUUCUCCCUAUCCGGAAUCGAGCUUCGCUUUACCACACCAGCCCUGCACAAAGUAGCAUCCAGCGCCUUCGAAAUGGGCACAGGCGCGCGAGCCCUCCGCACCGAGAUGGAGACUAUCCUUAGUGACGCGAUGUUUGAAGCACCUGGAUCCAGCGUGAAAUUUGUCUUAGUGACAGAAGCUGUAGCUGCACGGAAGGAGAAACCGGUCUACCUCUCUCGGGGCCAAAGUGGCCGGUUCCACUCCAUGAUUUCCGCCGAGGAGAGUCGGUGGGAAGAUAAGAUGAGGCAGGAGAAGAAAGACAAGGAGAAAAAGGAUAAGAGCCAACCAGUUAUUUCGGCGCAGGGAGUUUCCAACUUCGCAGAGUAUAGGAAGCGAGCCAUUGGCGGCUCGUGAGAUAACUCUCUUUACACACCACAUCAUUCUCACUCUUUCAUCACGAAGGAUACGUAUUUUUUCGCUAACGUUUGUAUGCCAUGUUUAUAUCCCAUGUUUCUGUUUUCGAGGAGUUGUGAAAUAUUUUUAUGUUUUUCAUGUUGGAUUGGAAUUUAUGGCAUUAGUGGCGCAGGUUCGAUACUUCCUUUUCAUCUUGCACUACCUUUGACCUUUCUCUAUAAUGAGAUAUCAGUUAAAUGAUACUUGUAUUUCCUUUUUCGGGGUAUGUAUAUAUACAUCAAGCAAUGUACAACGUAUACUUGCAGGCCA